ACGGCCGGUGCGUUCUAUGCAUGCGCGUUUUGCCACCAGUCGCACUUCGUUCGUGCCAUAGAUCGGUCAUCUGUUCUGUCGCUAAGCAGUCGGAUCGGUUGGAUACACGAUCGUGCAACAUCAUGUCGCUCCGGAGUGAGAAUUACACCGUUGAUAUUGGAGAUAUGCGAAUAAAAUACAAAGAUAAACAUGAGAUCUUUACGGAGGAUGAUUUAAUUAGCAAGGAGCCUAUUGGACAAUUCAAAGCAUGGUUUGAGGAGGCAUGCAAUACUCCGGAAAUUUUGGAGCCUAACGCGAUGCUUCUCGCGACAGCAACAAGAGAUGGUGUACCAUCCGUGCGCGUGUUGUUGCUAAAAGGCUUCGGCACAGAAGGUUUCAAGUUUUACACAAAUUACGACAGCAGGAAGGGCCGCGAAUUAGCUGAAAACCCGCAUGCUGCAUUAACUUUCUACUGGGAAUCUCUUAGACGAAGUGUACGUAUCGAAGGUAUCGCCAAGAAAACCUCAGCGGAAGAUUCAGAUCAUUAUUUUCAAAGUCGACCGUAUAAGAACCAGAUCGGAUCUUUGGCUAGCAAGCAGAGUAGUGUGAUCGCUGGUCGACAAACCCUUAUUAAUAAAGAAAAGGAACUGCUCGCGAAAUUUCCAGAGAAUCAAGUUAAAAGACCUGUUUGUUGGGGCGGUUAUCUCAUCGUGCCACACUUCGUAGAAUUUUGGCAAGGUCAGAGCGAUCGUCUUCACGACAGAAUCCUUUUCAGACGCCCAAAAACGAAUGAAGAAAUAGAUAAUAUUCUCGUGCAUAAAGGACAGGAUGGAUGGGUAUACGAGAGACUCUCGCCAUAAAAAAAGGUCGCAACAUUUAUUGAUAAUAAAUGAAUAGAAGAGCUAACGACUUUCAUGUACAAAAAAGGAAAAAAAAGAAAUUCGAGCAAAUCUCGCUGCAGAAAUAUCUAUCGCUAUUGCUGAUAAUUGCAACAUUCCAAGGCGAUAUCUCACAGUAUUAUGAAGACAAUAAUAUUACACACUAGACGUGAUGUUCUUGAUGCGGUUUCCUUGUGAGUUUCAGAAUUUCUCUGUUUACUCCUGAAAUAUGUACAGUUUAUAUGGUUGAACCAACGAAGAGAAAAUAUAUUUACAAUUAAUCAUU